AAUUGAACCGUGUCCAGUCAAUUGAAAUGCCCGCGCCCUUAAAACCGGCCCCAACCGCAGCACCCAGCACCGAAAUCAACAAGCUCAUCGAUGAUGUGUUUGUCACCUCCGGAGCGGCCAUCAAUUGUGGUGCGUUGCGCCGAUUGCUUCAACAACUCACGGCCCUCAUUCAGCCCGGCUCUGGCGGAGGUCCGUGCCGUUGCUGCUGUUCGGCCAGCCGUGUAACGAUCGAUGGACGGUCGUUGAAAAAAUCCACCAGCAAAACUAGGAAACUGUCCGCCCGGUCCAGCACUUCCAAAACCAAGGUCGGCGCAAAGGGUGGAAAGGAUUCCGAUAAGGAGCAUGAACUCAUCCUUCAGAAGCUACAGGCCGUGCAAACGAUGCUGAAAGUGAUGCAGCAAAAAAUUGCAAAAAUCGAAACGCGCCUACCAAAAUCACAAUCGAACGUUUCGCUCGGCAAAGGAGGUGGACGGCGGGGACAAACCUCGAAAGCGUCCAGCAUACGGGUUGGCGGUGGUCGUGGUGGUAUGGGAGGAAGUGCAGUUGCUAGGAAACAUUGCUGUGUGUCCGGUAGGCCACCGUCGGUCGUGGUUGUGGGACCAUCGAAUUUGAAAGCCUCGACGAGGUUCUGCUAGCAGUAUGCUCAGGAUCUCAGUUGGCGGUGGGGCGAUUUUGCUCACCGGAUAAACAUUCCCCAGUCUAGUAUGCUCUGAUCGUGGAGCUGCGAGUUUGGCACUUUGUUUUCGAUUGACUUUGGCUGUGUGUGUGCUUCUUGUGGAAUUAAAAAUUAUUAGUGUAAUUUCGUGUUUUCGUCUUUUUUGAACUCGACAUUUACCGUCCUGGCAGAAAGCUUGGUAAGAUGGUUCAACCAACGCCAAGCGAUCUAGAAGCAUUGGUGGAUGAGGCCAUUGCACUGCCGGACGGAGUGAUCAACUGUACCGAAUUGAACCGACUGCUAAAAUACUUGGUCGAAGGUAUGUGCAAGAUUUCACAAGAAAUUGACGACGCUCGAACAACAAACGAUGAUCGGUUUCAACUCCUCGAGGAUGCUAUUGCCGAUAUGAAGGAACCGGAAGAACCAGACGAGGAGGCUCAAGAGCAACCGACAGUAAUACAAUGUGGUGUGGCUGUUGUCUGUGACCCUGAAAAAGAAGACACUUCACCGAAGGAAUCCGCCCCGAAAGAAGUCACCUCCGAAGCACUUCUAGAGGAAAUCGAUGCCCAAGCGUCUCAAUUCCGAGAGCAAGAAACUAAACUGCUCGCUGUGAUAGGCGAUCUUGAACAGCGGCUGGAGAAAAUUGAACAACUAUUCUACCAAAAGCUCGAACGCUUAUCGAACGAAUUCCAACAGUUCCAACAGGUUGUGGAAAGCAAGCAGACUAGCGUGGAGGAAACAACCUCAACCCCAUCCAUGCAGCAAACCACGUGCACGGCGGACCAAAUCGACAAGCUAUCCGAGUUUACCGACAAACUGGAUGAGCUGCAGCGUCAGAUGGAGCUGCUCUUAAGUCAUCGCGAUCAACUGCCACUGCGAAUUGAAGCUCUACUCGAGGAAAAGCUACGAGAAGGCGAGCUUAUGACUAGCAGCAAGAAAAGUCUCCAGACUGAUGGUGGUGUCGGCUCACGGAAAGGUUCCGUUACUCCCUCGAGAUCCUGCUCUCAAGGUCGCAUAGCAGAAUCGGCCGGCACGACCCAACCGGCGAGUGAAAAUUUGAGCUGCCUUUCCUGCGACACAAAGAACGUUGUGCAGCGGAAGCGCGAUGGGCGCUAUCUAGCACCGCGCACCAGCGCCAAGCUGGCAAUGAUCGCCCGAAGGUUGGAAGAAUCGGACGCUGUACCUCGGCUGAAACCGGGCGCUCGCUGGUCGCGUACCUGUGGCGGUUCCUACACGGUCGUAAAGCCGGACGAACGUGUCUUCCGGCAGGUGAAUGUACAGUUCAAUCGCACAAUGCAAGAAGAAAGUUCGGCAAACGACAGCUAGGAAGAGAAGUAGGCGCUGAAUCCAACACACAAGCAUGAACAAUCGAAGCAUUCAUUUGAAAAGCAGCAGUCUAUCGUUUAACACAACUCACAAGCAUUUGUAAAUUUCUCUCCAUCCGCUCCAAAUUAAAGUAAAAAAAAGGUUUUAAAAUUCGUACCAAUGGCAUCGUUUGUUCCAAAACUGAAACCACUGAAACGGAAAAGUUGCUGCUGCCUGAUACCAAGAGAGGAGGAUGCUGGGGGACUGGGUGGUGGUCGAUAUACAGGCGGCCUUCACACGGUGACGCAUCCCGAGGAGCGUGUGUUUCGCGAUAUACGCUACACGGGAACGAAGCCGAGGUCACAAUCGUGCGGAACAACGAAACUGAAGCAACUGAUUAGACAACGUCCAAGUAAUUGAAGCCCAGCAAUGACGAUCUCAGUCCUAUCUGAAGAACCUGUAGAAGAAAUAGGCAUCCAUUCGAGAGGGGUUCAGGCAUGCUUUUGUACAUUAAAUUGAUCGUAGCUUAGACAUUAUAGCAUUUCAAGAACGUCCCAACAGAGUCUUUAUAUUAUUGAGAGUGGAAUAAAUUGACUUCAAAUCGUUUGAAUCAACAUUUAA